AUCACUAUGUGACUGCUUGUGCCGGAUAAUCUUGCUCUGUAGCUCCCUCAGUGAACAACUUACUGAGGUGCCUUUCUUUUCACAAGAGGAUGUCAGCUCUGAGCUCCAGCAAGAAAUAACAGACUUCACCUUGGAAUAGCUCAUCUUACUCCUGCAUCAUUAAAGCAGAUUUUGAGAAGAAAACAAAGAUCAAGUACCCUACCAGUUCUACCAGCAUUGAACAGGAACAGUUUCACGCUCCAGGACUCAACCACAGCAAUAUAUAAGAAGAAUACACACCAAACAUUCCUGAGGUGAUUUCUAAGACUGAAGAGGAGCAAGAACAGAAACGGGGCCAGUUACAGAUCCAUCCCAAGAAUUCUGGGGAGAGAUGAUGCUGUCUGCAGCAGAGUGACAGCAGUGGAGAUUGAGAGAAAAGGUUGAAAAUGGUUGCUUGUGUUCAACUACUGUGAAGAGUUGGAAUCAGACAACUACAGCUUUGAUUUUCCAAGUGGUUCAGAAUGUAAAUGUGAUCUGACCUUUCCCUGAUGGACAGUUAAAUCAUGGACACGCUAAACAAUUUACUUUGGACUGUCCUUCCUAAAGAUGCUCUGGCUUCUUUCUUGAAUGCCCACUAAGCAUUUGUAGCUGACAAGGAAAAGAAGGAAAACUGUGAACUGGAAAGUUAUCUUACAAUGAAAAUUACGAGCACAUCUUGCAUCUGUCCAGUCCUAGUGUGUCUCUGUUUUGUGCAGAGGUGUUAUGGAACUGCUCACCACAGCUCCAUCAAGGUGAUGAGAAACCAAACCAAACACAUUGAAGGUGAAACCGAAGUCCACCAUCGUCCCAAAAGGGGAUGGGUAUGGAAUCAGUUCUUUGUUUUAGAAGAACACAUGGGACCCGAUCCUCAGUAUGUUGGAAAGCUUCACUCCAAUUCUGACAAAGGUGAUGGAUCUGUCAAGUACAUCCUUACUGGAGAGGGUGCUGGGACUAUAUUUAUCAUUGACGAUACCACGGGUGAUAUCCACUCAACAAAAAGCCUAGACAGAGAGCAGAAGACCCACUAUGUGCUUCACGCUCAAGCCAUUGACAGACGUACAAACAAACCUCUUGAACCUGAAUCUGAGUUCAUCAUCAAAGUGCAAGACAUCAAUGACAAUGCUCCAAAAUUCACAGAUGGACCAUACAUUGUUACUGUGCCUGAAAUGUCAGACAUGGGUACCUCUGUUCUACAGGUGACAGCUACUGAUGCAGAUGACCCUACCUAUGGAAACAGUGCUCGGGUGGUUUACAGCAUUCUCCAGGGACAACCCUACUUCUCCGUCGAUCCUAAAACAGGAGUUAUUAGAACGGCCUUACAUAACAUGGACAGAGAAGCCAGAGAACAUUACUCGGUGGUCAUUCAAGCCAAAGACAUGGCUGGGCAAGUUGGAGGGCUUUCGGGGUCUACAACAGUCAACAUCACCUUAACCGAUGUCAAUGACAACCCACCACGCUUUCCUCAAAAACAUUAUCAACUAUAUGUUCCUGAGUCAGCUCAAGUUGGUUCAGCUGUUGGGAAAAUCAAGGCAAAUGAUGCCGAUACUGGCUCAAAUGCUGACAUGACCUACUCCAUCAUAAACGGUGAUGGCAUGGGGAUAUUCUCAAUCUCCACUGACAAAGAGACCAGAGAAGGAAUCCUUUCUUUAAAGAAGCCACUGAACUAUGAGAAAAAGAAGUCAUAUACCCUCAACAUAGAAGGAGCAAAUACACAUCUUGAUUUUCGCUUUUCUCACCUGGGUCCUUUUAAAGAUGCUACCAUGCUGAAGAUCAUUGUUGGGGAUGUAGAUGAACCACCACUCUUUUCCAUGCCUUCUUAUGUCAUGGAAGUCUAUGAAAAUGCCAAGAUCGGGACCGUCGUUGGCACAGUUUUGGCACAAGAUCCUGACAGUGCUAAUAGCUUAGUAAGAUACUUCAUCAACUACAAUGGUGAAGAUGACAGAUUUUUCAACAUUGAUGCCAAUACUGGAACCAUUAAGACUACAAAGGUUCUUGACAGAGAAGAAACUCCAUGGUAUAACAUCACAGUCACUGCUUCAGAAAAUGAUAAUCCUGAUUUGCUGAGCCAUGUCACAGUGGGUAUUAGAGUUCUGGAUGUCAACGACAAUCCACCCGAACUUGCCAGGGAAUAUGAUAUUGUUGUCUGUGAAAAUUCUAAGCCUGGCCAGGUUAUUCACACCAUCAGUGCCACCGAUAAAGAUGAUUUUGCCAAUGGGCCAAGGUUUAACUUCUUUCUUGAUGAACACCUGCCUGUAAAUCCAAACUUCACUCUGAAGGACAAUGAAGAUAACACAGCCAGCAUUCUGACAAGGCGGAGGAGAUUUAGUCGAACUGUUCAGGAUGUGUAUUAUCUGCCCAUUAUGAUCUCUGAUGGUGGAAUCCCCUCUCUCAGCAGCAGCAGCACCCUCACCAUCAGGGUUUGUGCAUGCGAGAGAGAUGGGCGUGUGCGGACCUGCCAUGCAGAAGCCUUCCUGUCCUCGGCUGGUUUGAGUACAGGAGCCUUAAUCGCUAUUCUUCUCUGUGUUCUCAUUCUCCUGGCAAUUGUGGUAAUUUUUAUCACCCUGAGGCGCAGCAAAAAAGAGCCCUUGAUCAUUUCGGAGGAGGAUGUACGGGAGAACGUGGUCACCUAUGAUGAUGAAGGAGGCGGAGAGGAAGACACGGAGGCCUUUGACAUCACAGCCUUGAGGAAUCCUGCUGCUGCUGAGGAGCUCAAGUACCGGAGAGAUAUCAGACCUGAAGUGAAGCUCACUCCCAGACACCAGACAUUGUCCACCCUGGAAAGUAUAGAUGUUCAGGAAUUUAUUAAGCAAAGACUGGCAGAAGCAGACCUAGACCCUAGCGUCCCCCCUUAUGACUCCCUUCAGACUUAUGCCUAUGAGGGUCAGAGAUCAGAAGCUGGGUCUAUCAGCUCGCUGGAUUCAGCAACGACACAAUCAGACCAGGAUUAUCACUACCUUGGAGACUGGGGACCUGAGUUUAAAAAGUUAGCUGAACUCUAUGGAGAAAUAGAAUCUGAAAGAACAACUUAGGGGGUCAGUUCUUGCAACAUUGUGGAAUUUGCUUCUUGAGUAAGUGGAGAUACAACCUCAGCAAUGACAAGGAAGAAGUGUGGAAACAGUACUUGAAACUGAGCAAGUUGGACACAGCUCCUGUAGAAACAAGUGCCCUUUUCAUGAUCGAAACUGGGUUAUUUAAUUGGAAGAAAGUAAAAAAAAAAAAAAAAAAAAAAGACAAUACAAAGAAAAAGUUAUUGUUCCUUGUGUAUAUUUUCAAUUGCUCAAUAAAGUCUGUGGUACUGUUUAUUAAGAAUACCUGAAUUAAGCCAAACAAUGAUAUUUGUUUCAAUAUUUUGUGAUUUAUUUUUUCAAAAACAAAACUAAACAAAAACGCUCAAGAUCACUGAUGGCUGUGACUUAUAGGGGUGGUAACACUAAUACAGGAAACUUGUAAAGGUAAUCACGACCUCUUUUAUCACUUUUCUGGGUGAACCCUUGAGAACCACUCUCUGUUACUGUAACAGAUUUCAUUAGCCUUGUCUUGUGUUUAUAUUACAUGAGGUAUUUCCACUCUAUCAUGGACUUGUAUGUACCAUUUCCCUUUGCCCUCCCCAGUUCUUUUCUCCAUACAAAACUGAUGGAGCAUGGGGAUUUGCUGCCUGCACUAUAAUGUAUGCAACUUCAGUGCACCAGUUGUGUGCUGUACUGAGCACGAGACUAUUGUCUCUAUUCCGUACACCCUCUUUUAUUUUAAUGGGAUACUCCUAUUUUUAAAUGGACAGAAAGAAUAGUUUAAGGUAUGUUACGAUAAUCUGAUAUGUCAGGGAAUGAUUUAAUUUUAACAAUAACCACACACCUUAUCUUCUACCAAAUGUUGGGGAACUUUUUUUUUCCUUUUCUCCACUUGUUUUAUUAUAUUUAAAUCAGCAAUUUUGAUCAUUUCUGUAUUUGAAAUUAAUUGUCAAACAUUUUGCUAGUUGGUGUGUACUUCAGUCUAAUUCACUUAUUUUCAACACGAGCAGUAAUCAAAAAUAGGUACCUCACACAAUAACAAUGUAGUCUGAAAGACUUUCCUCCAAUGAACAUAAAUGUCAUAGAAUCAUAGUUGACUUACAUUUAUUCCUUACACAGGUUCAGAUUUUUUCCAUCUCACUGAUAAUUAGUUUGGUAUCAGCAGGAAAAUGUGUGGGACUAGGAGCAAAAAAGGAGAUUCACAGUUAUUAUCCUCAGAUGUGUUCCCAAAAGUCUCUGUGUUCAGGGUCCAAACCACAAAGCAGAGAUGGCAAUGACUUCCCUGCCCACCUCACAGGGUUGUUGUGAGGAUUACAUGAGCUUCUGUAAAAUGCUUUGCCAACUGCAAAGUAUUCAAUUGCAUAAAAGCUUGCAGAUGCUUAUCUAAUUUUCUAGUUUCAUUAGCUUAUAAAUAUAUAUUUACAUGCAUCUCACAUAAAAUACUAUAUUAUCAUGGGAGAAUUUCGUGAAAUCUUUAACAGUGAAGCUACUGUUUAAAUAUAUAGUACAAAAUUCUAAUUAUUUUAAUAUUUUCAUGAGCUAAUUUCUGAGGAUUUGGGUGGGGCUUUUUUUUUCUAAUUGUUUUAGAUAAUGUUUUGUUGUUGUUGCUAUUGGUCUUGAAGUAAGAAUUCAUACCAUAAUGGUCCUAUUUUCUAAAACUGACCACAUCUAUAUAUUUCAGAAAUAUUGAAAUUCUUAAAUACAUGAAAUAGGAAUUGGUUGAAACCAGAGUUUUUCCUUUGCUCUUUAAAUUUAUCAUUAUCCAGUGUCCCCAAAAGUUAUAUGACAUUUUCUGUCUGUUUCUACCCAUGUGCAAAAUUUUGGAUUUUACCUCUGUUUGCAAUUACCCUGUGCUAUCAUAUUAUAAUUUUGAGGUAUGGGAAGUAAGUAAGCUUAAUUUGAAUAAUUCUCCAAUUUGUGUUUUAAGCCUGAGGAAUAAAAUGUAAUUUAAGCUUUUUACGACAUUUUAGUUUUCCAGAUGCUGCUUUAUCCUUUUACAUCACAUAAUAUGUGUGUUCCAGUGUGAGGUUAAAUCUGAAGAGACACUGAGGGGUGUAGAGAGUAACCUCUGGAUAUACAUGCUCUGAUGAUGCUAAUUCUAGAUUACAUUCACUCUAAAAGGAGGGUAAAGCAUGUACAAAUGUUGUAGGCUGGGUGUUUUGACUUUUCUCUGCAAAAUGUAUCAGGAAUGUCAGGUUUUGGAAUUCCACGAGGCUUUUGGAUUUAGGUUUCAGAUAAGCUAUACACAGAACUAUGGAAUCACAUAUCACUAAUACGUUUCAGCACAUAUCUUUUUAAAAAAUAUUUACACAAUAAAUGUACAGCAGAGGAUUUAAAAAAUAAAAUGUGUGUAUACGUUUAACAGUUCAUGUAACCUUUAAGGUCCUCCGCGUGGAUCUGAAAAUCACAGUAUUUCUCUGAUUUUGUAAAACGAAACACUUUAGAACUAUCUUCUUUUAAUCACACAUUAACAUAACAGGUUGCUUCUGAGCUCCUUUAUAUCAAAUCUAAAUAAGAACAUAAAGUGGAGCAUCUGUAGUCCAUGUAGAUUAAAAAAAAUAAUGAAAGCAUUCCAAGUAUUAUUUUUAUGUAAACUCUAAAACUAAGCAAUUAUAUCAUUAUUAUAAGUAUGGAUUUCUUCUCAUACUUUUUGUUUUGCUUGUUUGAGCCAAAAACAGUAACAACAUAUAAAUGUUGUGCAAAUUGAUGAGAGUCAUUGAACACUCAAUAUCUUACUUUAAAAUCUCUAGUUUUAUCAGCAUUAGAAAAUAGUUCCCUGAGAGUGUAGUGAGCCAAGAGUUUGUACGUUGACUUUGAGUUUCACUGGUCACAAAUAAUCAGAUAUGAAAUCACACGUCAUUAAUGUGUUCCAGCACAUUUUGGAAGCCUUAGUUGCUAUUUACAGACAUAAGUAAAAUAGAGCUUUGAAAUCAAUUUACUUCCUUUGAAUAAGAUACUUUUCUACAUACAGACCUUGUGCAAAAUCUUGGAUGCUAAAUUAAAAAAAAAAUAAUAGUAUGAUAGUAUUUUUGUCCAAGGUGUUUCUUAGCAGAAUUUAUUAACUGAAAAUACUCCUUGUGCAAACAUUGAGAAAGUAAUAACUUUUGCAGAAAUUACUAAAAUAUCUAUAUAAGAUAUUCUUCCUAUGACAAAUCUGUAUGAACACAGACAUGAAGAAAAGAUUGAAGAGGAAAAGAUAAGGCUCCAUACAGAGUUAGGUUGUGAGUUUCCUACAACAUGGUACAAGAAGGACAAUAUUCUGAAAGGAAUUGAAUUCAUUUAACCACAUAGGUGGGCACACUUAUAUGCACAUAUCUUCUUGAACAAUAUCUGGAGGGUAAAAUGAUAUUCAAAACAGGGAUUUAGAUGUUGAUGUGAUCAGAAUAUCUGAUGCAUAUAGACUUGUAGAACCCAGCAUGUGGAACACUCAGCUAGAAGUUAAAGACCUUUGCCCUUUAUUUUGUAUCCAGCCUCAGUCUAAUCUUUCGGGAUGUGAGUUGAUUGCAGCUCAGAUGUAUUUACAUAAAGAGCAAAGAAAAUGAUCAGAAAUCUGAGUAGAAAGGGAAGAGUAUUGAGUCCAUCAUUUCUGGCAAUGCAACAAGCUUAAUACAAAAUGUGUCAUUUUCUUACAGAACUUUACUCUUAAGUCUGAUGUGGUGUCUUCUUUUUGGUUUAGCUGAAUAUAUAUGUUGGAUGCAAAAAUUUAUCUGAAGUCAUAUCAGAGUCAUCAAGAAGUGCCAGUUAACUGAGCAUGUUAUGGAACAUGUUUGAAUGCAAAACAUGUGGUGCAGGUCUUUACCUGUGUAUUAGUGUGGACAGCGGUUGAUCAGCUGUUCAAAAAUUGGGACUCUAGAGCUGAGUAUUAUGGAAAGAGGGAAAACUCCAAUCUCUCAAGGUCAAAUUGUACUUAACCUUUAUGUAUGUUAUGCCACUGACUUACUUGGCUUUCAAUUUCACAAAUAGGUCAAAUCUCAGAAUAGUUCCUGGGAAAUAUAUGACUCAAAUUUGAAUUCUCUCUCUCUCUCUCUCUUUCUCUCUCUCUCUCUAUCCUUUAGGAUUAAAGCCAAAUUAAAUAUUAUCUAAAGAAAACAAAACCACUGAAAUUUUUAUUUUCUACGUCAUCUUCAGAGGUUAAAUCUUUUUCCAAUAUAGGAUUAGAAAUCGCAUAAACCUUACAGCCAAAUGUAACUCACAACCAUUUGGAGAUAAGACCAGCACUCAGAACCCAGUCGCUUUUUCAGUUUCUAAGUACAUAAAUUUAAAAAGAAAUAUUAAAUGCAGUACUUUUUACCAUGUUCCUACUCUUUUAAAAACACAUAUACUACUCUGACUUGUGCCAGUGAAAGAUGUAGUGGUGCAAUUUUUUUAAAUGAAAGAAGAGAUCAGAAAAAAACAACAUAUUAUUUGAAGCACUGAUGAAAAUAUGGAAAAAAGUGUUAGUCAAGGGAGGAAUGAUUGCAUUCAUAUAUUGUGCUAAGUUCAUGGAAAUGAAAGAUUUUUGCCCUUCAACACUUCAGAGACUUCAAAAACUAUUUUAGCAGUAAUUCUUUUCUCAAACUCAUAGGUGAAAGUGAAUAGAGAAAGUGGGCAUUGAAGGGCUCUUGGAAUUAUGUCCUAUGAGGAAAGAAUGUAACAUUUAUGGCUUAUAAUGGGUUCAUUUGUUUAGUCUUAUUGCUCACCAAUACUAACUUUAGAAAUUUUAAAAUGGGUCAUAAUAGUUACCCUAAUAAUUGUAUCAAUACCAUUUUUCUUAUGUCAAAAAUCAUCAAAUUCUUAUUCUAAAUUAUCUACUGGAAAUUUCAAAGUGCUGUCUGAAAUGCCUUAGUUUCAAACAGAAACUAAUACCUCCUAACAUUUUUUAGCUGAGCAAGGUGUUCUAAAUAUGCAGUAGAUGCAAGACGCUGUUCCAGACAUUCAAAAGGAUGUUUAAAAAAGAGUCCUGGUGACAGUUGUCAUCAUCAAUGAAAUUGAAGUCUCAUUUAAGAGUUACAACCUGCAUGUAAAAAGCUGUGAACAAUGCAAUAUAAAGCAAAAAGUGGAAAACAGUGUUCUCAAAGAGAUAGAUGCAAUGAAAUGAAAGGUUGAGGAACAUAUUAAAACUGUGUGAGUAAUGUGCUACACUUGUAUCCUCUAGGACUAGGUAGUGAUGCAAGAGGCAGGGAAAUCUACAGGAGGAGGUAGAAGUCUAGGGGACCAUUUAAUCAGAUAUCCAAAUGUAGAUUAUUUGAUAUGGAUUACAGGAUUCAUGCAUGGAAAUUAUGUGAGAUGUUAAGAGAACUUGGAUUGAGAUUUUAAAUAGAAUAAAACUCAUUCUUUAGCCAAUGUCACUGAGUUUAUAUUACCACCAAACAGGAAUAUGACCGUGGCCUGAUCUCUGUUUUAGAAAACUGCAUUUUUCAUUAACAUCUACCUGUCAGUGACAAUAUAUUAAAGAAAGAGUCUAGAGUUAUGAGUACUUACAGAGAAAAUAUUGGACUAUUUUAAUUAUUUCUAAAAAAAAAUUGCCUAUUUUAGGAACAUACCUAGAGAAGUUUUUUAACUUCUCUUGGUAUAGGCAUAAUUAUAAACUUCAGCUUAGAUUAUUGAAUUCAUAGAAUUUUAUUAAUAUAUUCAUCCUAACAAAAAUAAAAUGAAGACAAGAGAAAUACUUUUAAGAGCAGCAUUUAUUCACAAAAUUUUAUUCUUAACUGGAUAAAUGUGUCUAUUUUCUAUAAUCAUUGUUUUAGAUAUAAACAUAUUUUUGAACUAAAAUUCAUACACCAAAGACCAAAUUGAUGCCUUAGUAUAACUACAUCAUUUAUUUUUAAUGCAUAUCAACACAAAUAUCACCUACUCUCAUGUUUCAUUAUAUAAUAAUUUACAUUCAGAUUUAUUUCAAAAAGCAUCAAUCAUACAAUAUGAAGAUGCAUUGAUUUAUUAAUAUGACAGGUACACUUAGCCUGAAAUCCCAACUUUGAUGUCUUCUGUUUCUCACUUUUUCUUCCUUCAUUUUUACAUGCUUACUUUUUACAACCUUUGAAAGCUAUGUUUGAACAUUUUCUAUAUUUCAUGUAUUUUUCAGAACAAAUUCAAGAAAAUGUUUUUCAGAAAUAGAAAGUAGUCAUCAUGUUGUUUUCAGAGUUUUUAUUUUUCAACUCAGUUUCUUACCCUUUGUCACUAAUCAUGUUCUUCCUCAUCAAAAAGUAAUAAAAAAUUUGC